AUGGUGAUAGCCAACAAAAUGGACUUGGAAGAAAAACUUGAAGUUUCAGAAGAAGAGGCCAGAGCUUUUGCUGCUUCCAUUGGGGCUGCAUGCGCAUGCACCUCCGCCAAGACUUCGGCGAACGUGGACGCGGCCUUUUUAAUGGUGGCAUCGAAGCUCGCGGAGAAGCGACGCGCUGCUGCUGCUGCUGCUGCUGCUGCGGCUUCAGGCAGCAGCAGCAGCAGCAGCGCGAACCCAGCAGCAGCAGCAGCAGCAGCAGCACGGGGAGACGCAUUUUCCUUAACUGCUUCCCCUUCUUUUGCUGCUCGAACCCGCAGCUUCUGCAGCAGCUGCUCGGGGCAGCGGCUGCAGCGGCCUGCAGCUGGGGACCGUGUCGAACUCUCGUAA